GACCCAUGCCCAGGGAGGCCGGGUGGGAGCCGGAGACUGGAAGGAUGAAGCCUGGGUGCCUGGGGGCAGCAGCCAUGAAGGGCCGGCAGCGGAGGUGCAGGUGGGCUCAGCCCUGGGCCCUGCUCUUGCUUCUCUUAGGUCCACAGCUCCUGGUGACUUAUGGCUGGCGUCCCCAAGUGGGUGAGAAUAGUGAAAACAGAAAUACCUUGGAGCUUUACUUUCCUUCCGUUGUGGAGUAUGUCUUACACAUGUACAACCUGAGGAGCCUGGACAGGAAUGCUUACAAAGUGGUGCGUGUACUGAGGUCGUGGCAGGAAUUGAGAGAAAUAGGCCUGGUGUUCUCCAUGGAGCUGCAGUUCGCCCGAACCAGGUGCGGGAAAUUUGACGAAGACAUCGACAACUGUCCUUUUCAAGCAACUCCAGACGUGAACAAUACCGUCACCUGCUUCUUCACGGUCGACUCUGAACCCUGGGUGACCAGGUUCCAACUCCUGAACGACACCUGCUUGGGGGGCUCUGCUGAGUGAGGCCACACCCCAGCCUGGGGGCACCCCGCCACCCUGUCGUGUGCCUUCAGUGUCCGAGCGGCUCUGGCUCUGUUCUCUGGAUGAGCAGCUGUCUCGGGGUCACUCACAGGCCAUGCGAACACGCCUCCCUGUCCAUGUCACCCCGUAGAAUUGGUCAUUAAACGUCAGCAUUGCAAGCA